AUGAACUCGGUGCAUCUGUCCUUCUCGUUCUCGUUCUUCGUCCACGGGGAGAGCACGGUGUGUGCGUCCCUGGACGUGAGGCAGCACCCGCCCGUCCAUUGGCUCAACAGGCAGUAUCUGCAGGCGGCGGAGGCGUCGCAGAACGUCCACGUGAUCCUGGCGCCGAACGGUCUGGCGGGGACGCUGUCGGGGCAGGCGUACCAGGUGGGGGACCAGGGGGUGCAGCAGCUGGUGGAGGACUGGAGGAAGUUCUAUCCGCUGGGGGAGUGCGGGGCGGAGAAGGGGAAGCGGGGCCCGGCCGGGCCGGACCUGGUGUCCUCGUGGGACAAGGAGAACCGGCUGGGACUGGAGGAGGGGAAGAGGGGGGUGGCGUCCGAGCCCCUGCCGCCCGUGGUGGAAGUCGUGCUCGGUAAGCUCCACCUGUCCAUUUCGAGUGCCGUCUCUGGUGUUUCUGGGUUCACGUGGGAGGUGUGUCUGUGGUCGUUGACGGUGUGUUGGGAUGGGGGUCUCAUCGAGUCGCAGAGAUAUGGGGGAGUGGAUCACGGCGUGCGGAUGAAGUACCCGACGCGGUACGUCCUCCUGACGGAGAUGGACGAAACCCCCGGGAUGCAGAGUCUCCUCCAGCCCGGUGGGUCUGCCGGGUCCCACCAGCACUCCCAUGCGAUAUCUUCGCGUCGAUCGCUCAAGCCGCUCAUCGAUGGGAACGAGGUGACGGCCGGGAACAAGCACCCGCUGGAGAGCCGGGUGUGGCAGGACGGCUGCGUGAGCGGAGGGACGCCCUUCGCGCCGGUGCACGCGUCGGGCGGCUGCGGCAACGGGGAGGGGGACGGGGAGGGGAGCGGGCAGGGGAACGGGUCGGAUUCGGCGGGGAACUGGGAGUUCGCCGAGGUGCAUCAGACGCGGCCGUCGUGUUCCUUCUCGAAAUGCCGUCGCCUGGGGAAGCUGGGCCGGACGUCUCACGUCGGCUCCGGCGUCUCCCGGAAGGCCGGAGAGCGGACGUCGUCCAAGAAGUUCGGAUCCGGUUCCUCCUUCCACCAGCAGCGAGCGCCCCCACAGGGGGAGGAGCUGGGACCGGCCGCCUUCAUGCUGGACUCGGAGAUGCUGUCCGCUCCUCAUCGGUCCGGGUCGGGGCCUCCCUCGCAGGGGGCGGGGUCCAUGAUGCCGCCGGUGGGUCUGGCCACGCCCGGACCGUGCAGCGGGGGCGGGGGGGUCCCCACGCCUUAUGCGGGGUACAAGGUGGGGACGCCCGGGUCCGUCUCGGGUCUCCGGGGGAUGGGGUCGGUGGGGUCACCGGGCUCCGUCGGGCCCUCGCCGCUCCCGACCCCGCACUCCCACCACAGUCAACCGCCGUCUGUUUCCAACGUCGGAGAGGGUAUGAUGCCGACACUGAGCCCACACCCCCUGCUCCACUCGGUCCCGGAGCCCCCCCUCUCGGAGGGCGUACCCCUCGGGAAGACCUCACCGCCGACGCCUUCGAACCCGCCCGGCAGCGCCCCGCCGCUGAACCCCAACCCCCCGUCUUCGUCGUCCGCGUCCGCUCUCGCCGCCGCUCAUCCGGAUCCCGCGUCGUCUGUUCCCAUGGAUCUCAAGCCCCCCGCUUCGAACCAGGAAAAGGAGAAGGAGAGUUCAUCGUGGGAAUCUCAGAACGCGGCGGUCGACGGCUCGACCGUCGUCCCUCCGCCUCGGGGUUCUUCGGGCACGGGAACGAGUUCGGGUGGAAGCGCGACGACUGCUGCGGCGCUGGCCAGGCCGCACCUCCCCGUCAACGAGUACGAGUUCCAGGGUGCUAAGGAAGAGUUGGCCUGCGAGUCCUUCUACGAUUAUUCCCUCGUUCAGGCCUGGGCCAACCUCCCAGUGAAAAGACACGAGCCCCGGUCCGUGCUGGACCUCCCCAGGCCGAGCUACGCCUCGCAGUCGGGAUCGGACGACCCCGGGGGGUCCCAGGACGGGGAGUCCCAGGGCGGCACGACGGAGGGCGGUCCGGACUCCCAGGACCGCACCGGCCAGGACCUCGGAGGAGGAUUCCUGAAGCGCGAUCCGUAUGCCUUCGACGACGACACGGAAGCGCACGUCAGCAUGGAUGGAUUCGGUCGGAAUCCCAAGGAGGAGUGCCCUGGUAAUCUGUUCGAGGGAGGAAUUCCCAACGCAUUGUCUCCGGCACCCCCAAAGAGCAAACCCCCAUCGGGGAACCUCUUCACGUCCAAAGGCCUCGAGCCCUCCAUGUCGGAUCUGGACCACAUGUUUGACGACGACAAUUCCGGCGACGAGACCCUCCAGGUGCCCACACCACCUGGCUCCAAUGAGCCCCCCUUGCUCUUCCCGGACACGUCGCUGCGCCCCCAGAAGACGACCCCGUCGAGUCUGGUGACGAAUCCCUCCUCCUCGAUCCAUUGCCCGGCGGAGCUGUCCAAGAUGUUUCCGACUCCCCCGUCCCACGAGCACAACACCACUCUCUCGCCUUGUUCUGCCCCGGAGAUCAGCUCCCUGUCCCUGGACACCUACAGCGGAGAGAUGGGGCGCGAGACCAUCAUGGUCAUGUCCAACGGGAGCGUCCAGGCGACGAUCCACCACAGGCCCGAGCCCAUGCACGUCGAGCAGAGCCCCUCGGGCGCGGAAGCGGCGAUACGACUGAGCCCCGUCUACGGCCUCUCGACCGUGGCCGUCAUGGUGGGAUCCGUCAAGUACGCCCCGCUGGCCUUGCUCCCCAGCCAGAAACUACCCCCUCUGAAGAUCGCACCCGAUUUCGAGAUGACCUAUCGUCCCAGCCCACCCAUGAACCCCAUGCCCCCCCAGUAUCCUAGCAUGCCUCUCAUUGAGAAGCACAUCCCCAGCAGUCACAUGAAUAGCAUGUUGGGUGGUGCAGGAGGUCAAAUCUUCCAUCGGCCUGGGUUGUCCCCGAUUUCUCCCGCUCCCACGUCCUUGCACUACACCGACAACCCGCCUUCCUACAGAUCUGGUCCCGGUUCGGCUGGUCCUAGCCCGGGAGCUGCAAUGUCCCCCUACCUCAAAGGCAACCACUCAGUGGAACCCCCACUUGGCUCUGGUGGGCACCCCCACCAGCACAUGCUCCCGCCCUACCACCCGAGGCCACACCCCCACAUGAUGGGAGGUCACCAGCCUCCGCCAAUGUUUCACCAACCCCAAGCCCACUCCCUCCUCCUCAAUCUCAUCCUGUACGACUCGCUCCUCAACCUCUUCCGGGACCACAACUUCGACAGUUGCACCCUGUGCGUGUGCAAUGCAGGGUCCAAUGUCGUCGGGAACCUGAAGGGAGGCGACGGGAACCUCUACCUCCCGGACUCGGUGCGGAACACGCCCGGUGCCCCGCUGGGCAUGUAUUCCGACUCCGAUGGGGACGACGGCGGAGAUCGGUGUCUCUGCGGUUACAGUGCCGUAGUGAACCGACGCCGUGCACACGGUUCGGGACUCUUUUACGAGGACGAGGUGGACAUGACGGGUCUGAGAGAGGACUCUGCGUACGAUCGCGGCCGGCCCUCGUUGGUGUUGGUGCUCCUCGCCGCUGCAGGACAGAGUCACCUGCAGCGCCCACCCAGUGAACGGGACCUUAAAGUGCUGGACAAUGUUCCAGAAUCAGUGGUGCAAUUGUUGAAUCACCAGUGCCAGAUCCUGCAGAACCCAUUCAGCUUGAUCGUCGGGAUGUGUUCGUUGUACGAGAGCUCCCCGACGCAGCGGAUGAACCUGGUGGAGUUGCGGGAUGCAAGCGAGGUGGUCCAUGCGGCCCUGGAGCAGGCGAAGCAGGCCUACCUCCAUCCGCACCACCCGCACCCGCCGUCGAAGCCCCCCGGCCUCGUCGUCCACCACUGGGGCUUCCUCCACUAUCCCGGACCGUCGACGAACUACGAGAUAGUGCGCGUGAUGAAAUCCCUCCAGCCUCUCCUCCAGGAUGCCAUCCAGAAGAAGAGGACUGUCCGUCUGUGGGAGGCCACCUACAACGUCUCAGGGCCUCUCACGUGGAGACAGCUCCAUCGACUUGCUGGUAGAGGAACCGAAGAUCAGUGUGAGCCACAACCGAUUCCUUCACUGCUCAUUGGUCACGACAAAGACUGGCUGACAUUGUCGCCGCUGAGCCUGCGCUUCUGGGAGCACAUGCUCCUCGAGCCGUACUCGUCGCCUCGAGACAUCGUCUACGUCGUCGUGUCCCCGGACAACUCUGCCGUCAUCUCCCGCACAUUGACCUUCUUCCGGGAGCUGAGCAGCAUGUACCAGCUGUGCCGGCUGGGUAAGCUGUGCCCGAUUGUGAGCUGCCUCCGUGACGGUAUCCUCCGCGUUGGAAAGAAGACGGUGGCUCAGCUUGCCAGCGAACCGGAGGACGAGUGGUUUGCCACUCUUGGUGACAGUCAACUCGCCACCCACCUCCGUCUUUAUGCACAGGCUUGCAAGCAUAACCUUGCACCACUCCUUGCCACUCAGUCGUUGGAUUCCAGUCUUCUCGAGGGGGAAGCGACUGCGAAUGCCGGUCCCCCUCGACCCGCCAUGGAUCGACCCCAGCCUUCUCCUGGGCCCAUGCCACCACCUCCAACUCCAGAGAAUAUUGACAAGCCUGGGACACCCAAGCCAGAAGCAUCAGACGAUGGGAAUCGAAUCGAGAAGGAGGAACGGGGAGCCUCCGAGUCGCCCGAGGAAGAGGAUUCCCACCCUCCAGGAUUGGUGAUAUACAUGAUAGACCCUUUCACCUAUGCGAUGGGGUCGGGGUCGUCCGGGGUGAUGCCGGGUCGUCCGUCUCCGCCCCAGAUCGAGCUCCAUCGUCUCGUCGCCAUCGCCCUGUUCCGUUGCUUCCAGCUCAUCGUCCGGCAACUGCCCGAGCAUAUGCAGUCCAACAUCUACCUUCAGAUCAUUCCAUUGGAGAAGAUCCUCGGAGUGACGGAGGACCCGCAGAUGCGGGGUAGUUCCCACAACCAGCUCCUCAAGGGACUGGCUUUCUCAGUGUUCUCGCAGACACGGCCGCACAUGAGCCAAAUGACCGCCAUCAAAUCCCUGACCGGCUUCGGACCCGCCGCUUCCACCGACAACCUCCUCAAAGCCAAAGAUGUAGGCAUCAACUCGACACUUCCAUCAGUCCAGCCAACCAAAUUCUCAAUUGACGUGGGAUGGCGUUUCCCCGGGCAGGAGAAGCUGCGACUGAGCCGUCCCAAGUACAACCCGCCGUACAUCCUGGCUCCCAUCAAGGAGAAGAGCAAGGAGACCGGAGACUCGCUGACGAGCAAACUCCCGAACGAUCGCUCCUGGGUUCUGUUUGUCUCCUACUGUUUAAGUGAGGACCAGAAAUGGCUCCUGGCGGCUGCCACCGACGACCGUGGCGAGCUUCUUGAAACCACCAUGAUCAACAUCAACAUUCCAUUUAGGAGUCGAAGACGAAAGGCAUCGGCACGUCGCAUGGGCUUGCAGAAGCUGAUGGACUUCAUCCUGUCAGUGAUGUCCGACGGCGUGCACCCAUGGCGUCUGGUUGUUGGUCGGCUUGGACGCGUCGGGCACGGCGAGCUCAAGAGCUGGAGCUCGCUCCUUGGCCGCAAGUCACUCCAACGGCACAGCCGGCAGCUGAAGCAGAUGUGCAGCCAGUGCCGGUGCCUGCCCUCCUCCGAGACCCUGGCGCUGGUAUCCGCCUGCUUUGUGUCCAUGGAGCCGGACUCAUCCCACCGCAUGAUGCCAGAUCAGUUCACACCAGACGAGCGCUUCGGCGGGAACUCGAGUUCCUCCCGUUCUCAUCUCUCCACACCACAAGAUGUCUCCUGCACACACAUUCUCGUCUUCCCAACCUCUGCCACCACUCAGUCUUCACAAGCGAUCUUCCAAGAGAAGCACAUGGAGAUGCAGGAGACAUUUGUUGACAAUGACACCAUCUUCGAAGGGAUCAACAUCGACGAGAUCGACGAGCUGUUCGGCAACGAUCCCAACACCGACAUCCUCGGGGGCAUAACGUCGCCUGUCGGAGGCAGCCCACGUGGGACGGGGCUGGCCUCGCCUCACGGUCAGGGCUCUCCGCUCGGGGCCGGGCUCGGCAUGGAUCACAACUCGCCCUUCCCUGGCGGGAUACAGAGGAACAUCCUGAGCUCACUGGCUGCAGAUCCUCAGGAGGAGCUGGAGGUGCUUCACCAGCAGCCCUUGGCCCUGGGCUACUAUGUGAGCACGGCCCCGUUGGGAGUCCUUCCGAAGUGGUUCUGGGCCUCGUGCCCCCACCGGGCCCCACCUUUCCUGAACCAGGGCUCCCCCAAUGGUACAACAUUCCUCAAGGCUGCCCUUCACCUCCAUUCCCACAUGACGGGAGACGGCCAGGGUGGGGACAACGACUUCAUUCUGCCUCCGAAUCCCUCCGGUUCCAAGGUCCACCCGCUCGACUCCGACAAGACGACCGACGUCCUCAGGUUCGUGCUGGAGGGCUACAACGGACUGUCGUGGCUGUCGCUGGACACGGCGAAGAACGACCGCCGAUCGUGUCUCCCGAUCCACAUGCAGGUCCUGGUCCACAUGCACAACAGUGUUGCAAACCUCCUCUAGUCUCUCCCUUCUCUGCCUUUACCCCUGGCCCCUCCUCUCCUUCCGUCUGCCACUCGCUCCUGUCUUUUCCUGUGAUAGAGACUCCUCAAAAAGGAAAGAAAAACACAAAACAAACGAGUAAAACACAAAGACCGAGAGGGAAUCCUCCGCUUGGCGAGUACAAAGAGAAACCCAUCGAUUCGCCCGACCGCAUUGACGACGAGAACGAAGUGGGACUUUUUUUGCAAACGUUUUGCAAUGCAAACAAAAAUAUAUAUAUAUGAUAAGGAAUUAAUGAUGAAACAUGUGAGGCCUAUAUGUUUUAUAUGGAUGACAGAGUUAGGGAUAUGUGUAGUUUUUUCUAUAAUGAUUCUGGAUUUUGAAAAUGAAUUUUUUUUUAUUUUUUGAGUUACCCAUAUGUGUGUGGUAGUCAGUUAGGUUCCAAAAAUCGAAGAUGCAUGGUACGACUCGGUUCCCCCCUCCCCGUCGUCUGCUCGUUCCAUUGUACAUACGUUGCAGAGGCCGAUGCCACUCGACGGUCGUGGCGGUGUCGUUUGCUUUUUUUUUUCCGCUGCAGCUCUUGUGUAAAACUGUAUUCCCUGGUAUUUUUUUUGUUUGUGGUGACAUUUUUAAUUUAAUAAUAUGCUCUUGUCUUUUUUAUGGAUUUAUUUUUGAGGUCCAAAGGUCGAACGACUGAUCUUGGUGGUGUUCUCUCUCUCUCUCUCUCGUCGGUUCUCGUCAUCACCGCUUUCUUGCCAUUCGCGAGCCUUUCCCCGUCUUUUCGUUACUUCUUCCUUUUUGGCACGAGGAGCAAUAAGAAGUGAGUUGAUGUACAGAGUCAGGCAAUGUCAGUUGUGAUGUUCCCUACUGGGCAAAGCAGAGAGGAUUUUGUGGGCAGAGUCUAUGAGAAAUUCACUCGUUGGUGGCUAUCAGAUGCUGGGUAAUUAUUAAUUGAUGCCUUUUUCUUUUCUUUUUUUUUUUUACUUUUCCUCCUGGCUUCUUGUACAUUAUUCUCUGUUGUCUCGGAGCGUCCCGCACCUCUCGAUGCCUGUUGACCUUGGCCUAAGAUUUUUAUUUAUUCGUUUAUGUAAAAAUAAGAAUGGACUAUUGAAGAGGAAACCGAUUUCCAGUCGAAGAAAAAAACUGUUUAUCAUGAAAUACAGUUUACAAAAACUUGGA